AAACACUAAACGGGUUCAAAGACAUCUAUGGCAGGCGUAUUAUCUCUGAGAUGUAAGGUGACAGUUGUUAUUUAGGUUAUUGAGGGAUCAAAUGUGAUGAAACUGCAAUACACGAGAAACAAAAAUAUUUACAAUGGUUACCGCUAUGCAUCCAUUCAUGGAUGUUGAGAGUUCUCGGUCGUAUAUUGACGAGUUGUAUUCCGGUGAUGCUGAGAAGUGUUUGCAGGCAAUCGUAUGUCUUAAGAAUUCUGUAAUUGGAAGCAACAAGCAGAAAGGAAAUGUAAUAUCCCAAGGUGUGGUGCCACGCCUGCUGCAGCUACUGGCUGAUGCAGCUAUACCAGUACAGAUAAAAAUUGAAGCAACUAUAACUUUGGGUUCAUUAGCAAAGGGAACUGAAGAUCAUAUUAAGGCUCUUAUUGAUCUUGAAGUGGUCCCAGCUCUCAUAAAUGGUCUGGUGAGUGAAAGUACAAAGUUAGUUGAAGUGAGUCUCUGCUGCCUGCGGACAAUAUUCCAGUCUCCAUGUGCACCGGUGGGGCUAAUAUGUCAAGAUGAGGGUCUUCCAUUACAUUUGUUAAACCUUACACAUCAGUCGGUUUCCAACCAAGUGUGUGUUACUACAAUACUUUCCGCAGCAUGCAAGACAGUGGAAAACCAAACACUACUAUGUAACCAAGGAGCAAUUCCUAUUUUAGCAUCACUGCUGUGUUCUCCACAUUACAAAGUGCAGAUGCCAAGCCUUAGCUGUUUGGCCAACAUGUGUUUCAAAAAUCAGAAAGUUUCUGCUAUUGUAGCAACAGCAAGUUAUGGUGGCAAAUCAGUGCCAGACAUCUUGGUGUCAUUAAUGGCAAGAGACAAGCCGAGUGAGAUGCAAAUGGCAGCUGCUAGAUGUAUAACAUAUAUGCACAGAGCUGGUGCAAUUAGUGCAGAAGACCCCAAGAUACUAUACAAAACACUUCCAUGUUUGGUGAGGUUGUGUAAGAAAGAUCGUCCAAACACAGAACGUGUGCUGGCAGCUGAGACAUUGGCAUACUUAACAGAGGUGGACACAGAAUUACAGAGAUUGGCCUCAAUCUCAAAUCAUCUUGUUUCAACACUGGCUGAGUUGUUACGCUAUGAGCCAGACACCAAUGGCCUCAGCCCAUCACGCACUGAACAAGAGAUGCGUGUAGCUCAGGACAUGAAACAUGCAGCAUUCAGGGCAUUUGCUUCACUGGGAGCAAAUGAUGAGGAUAUAAGAAAGAAAAUUAUUGAUACAGACAAUCUUAUGGACCACAUAGUGAGUGGACUUCAAGAUCCAUGCCCAAAAGUACGACUGGCAGCUGUCAGGUGUCUGCAUUCCUUGUCACGCUCUGUACAGCAGCUGCGAACAACAUUCCAGGACCAUUCCGUGUGGCGUCCGUUGAUGGCAUUGCUGCAGGGAGCUUCUGACGACAUUCUUACUGUUGCUUCCUCGACACUCUGUAAUCUUCUUCUUGAAUUCUCACCUUCAAAAGAGCCGAUUCUGGAAUCUGGUGCUGUUGAUCUGCUUUGUGGGCUCACAAAACACAAAGAUCCCUUUCUGAGACUUAAUGGAAUAUGGGCAUUAAUGAACAUGGCCUUCCAAGCCGAACAGAAAAUAAAAUCACAAAUCCUGGACACAUUGGGUACUGACCAGAUAUUCCGUCUGCUGUCGGAUCCUGAGGUGGAUGUACUCAUGAAGACACUGGGACUGCUCCGCAAUCUUCUGUCUACCAAACCACACAUUGACCUCAUCAUGGGAAGACAUGGAAACCAGAUAAUGCAGGCAGUCGUACUUAUCCUUGAGGGCAACCACAGCGCAGAGGUGAAGGAGCAGGCGCUAUGUAUCCUUGCAAACAUCGGGGACGGGGAAAGUGCCAAGGAGUACAUAAUGGCAAAUGAAGAUGUUCUGAAGAAACUGACAGACUAUAUGAUGCACUCAAAUGUUAAACUACAGAUAGCUGCCAUAUUCUGCAUUUCAAAUUUGGUGUGGAGAGAGGAACCUGGUGCCGGUGAAAGGCAAGCCAGGUUACGGGAGCUGGGUGUGGUCAAACUGCUUCAGCAGCUUAUCCUCACUAGUGACACACUGCUCUUUGACAAGGUAAAGACAGCAUUGACGCAGUUUUCAGAGGGUUGACUUAUGGACAGUUGGUUAAUUUCACAACAUUAAUUUGUCUUUUUAUUAGAAGACUGUUACUAUGUAAUACAUUUGACAAAAAGUAGUUUGAAGAGAGACUGUGGCAUUAAUUCACAAGGCAAAGCUGUUAAUUAUGUCAUUAGAACAACUGCUUUGUGCAUCUGUUUGUAUGAAUAAAGAAAAAAAUGUAUGUUAAUAAACAUCUACAUUCUUU